CCACUCUCCCCGACGCCCAGCCCUGCGUCACAGGAAGUGGGGGCCCCACCCACUAACGUCAGAGGCCGGAAGGGAACGUUGCUGGGGCACGGGUGUGAGCGAAGGCGACGGUGGGGAGAGGAGAGCGUGUCUCCGCCGAGCACUUUGGAUUUGGCUCCUUAAUUCCCAACAUGGAAGAAACUUACAUCGAUACUCUGGACCCUGAAAAGCUGUUACAAUGCCCCUAUGAUAAAAACCACCAGAUCAGGGCCUGCAGGUUUCCUUAUCAUCUUAUCAAGUGCAGAAAGAAUCAUCCUGAUGUCGCAAACAAACUGGCGACUUGUCCCUUCAAUGCUCGCCAUCAGGUUCCUCGGGCUGAAAUCAGUCAUCAUAUCUCAAGCUGUGAUGACAAAAGCUGUAUUGAGCAGGAUGUAGUCAACCAAACCAGGAGCCUUGGACAAGGGACUCUGGCUGAGAGCACAUGGCAGUGCCCUCCUUGCGAUGAAGACUGGGACAAAGAUUUGUGGGAACAGACCAGCACCCCAUUUGUCUGGGGCACAGCCAGCUACUGUGGCAACAAUAGCCCUGCAAGCAACAUAGUUAUGGAACAUAAGAGUAACCUGGCUUCAGGCAUGCGUGUUCCCAAGUCUCUGCCGUAUGUUCUGCCAUGGAAAAACAAAUUCCUCAUUCAGUUAAUCACCAAAUCCUGGAACUUUGCUGCCAAAGAAGCCUUCUGAUGCCAACCAGUUCCUUGUAUCUCUGCUGUCACUGCCUUAUUUCAGAGCAUCAUCCUUGCUUGGGCUGUUAGCAACCUCCUCCGUAGUCUUGUAGCCACUCAGUUCUUCCCAUUUCACUUUAUCUUCCACCUGCCUUCAAGAUAUUCAGUAAUCGGUUUCCCGUUUACCUAAUAAUAAUAGCAAAGGCUUUUUGAGCACUUGGUCUGUGCCAAGCACUGUAUAAAACACUUCAUUUGCAUUAUCACAUUCAGUUCCCCUAUGAAACAGAUAUUUUAGGUCCCUACUUGGUAGAUAAGAAAA